AUGCAGAGAUCACUCUGGAUUUGGGAAAAGGAGUACAGCUACCGUGUAGGUACAGCAUCCGAUGCAGAGAUCACUCUGGAUUUGGGAAAAGAGGUACAGCUACCGUGUGGGGUACAGCAUCCGAUGCAGAGAUCACUCUGGAUUUGGGAAAAGGGGUACAGCUACCGUGUGGGGUACAGCAUCCGAUGCAGAGAUCACUCUGGAUUGGGGAAAAGAGGUACAGCUACCGUGUGGGGUACAGCAUCCGAUGCAGAGAUCACUCUGGAUUUGGGAAAAGGGUACAGCUACCGUGUGGGGUACAGCAUCGAUGCAGAGAUCACUCUGGAUUUGGGAAAAGGGUACAGCUACCGUGUGGGGUACAGCAUCCGAUGCAGAGAUCACUCUGGAUUUGGGAAAAGGGCACAGCUACCGUGUGGGGUCACAGCAUCCGAUGCAGAGAUCACUCUGGAUUUGGGAAAAGGGUACAGCUACCGUGUGGGGUUACAGCAUCUGAUGCAGAGAUCACUCUGGAUUUGGGAAAAGGGUACAGCUACCGUGUGGGGUACAGCAUCCGAUGCAGAGAUCACUCUGGAUUUGGGAAAAGGAUUACAGCUACGAUCCAGUGCCACCUGGGAGGGCCUGAUAGGACCCAUGCUGCCAGCCCAGUUUGCUCGGGUGACAUCACUGUCAGCGCCAGGUGUUGCUCUCAUGACCGGAGACUGGAGACCCCACUCAACAUCAGAGAAGCGGUUGUCCAGGAGAAGAGCGUCAUGCGCUGCGACAUUGGUGCUGCAUACAUUGCAGGAAACAACCCAGGAGAAACACACAGAGCAGGAGAUGGUAGAGGUCCCCAUGGAGGAAGAGGACGUUGACCCUAAAGACAAGCGUCCUGUAGCUUCCACCCCUGUUCCCGGAUCUCCAUGGUGUGUGGUGUGGACGGGGGACGACAGAGUAUUUUUCUUCAACCCAACGAUACAGCUCUCUGUUUGGGAUCAGCCAGUAGAUCUGAAGGACCGCGGAGAGGAUCUCAACAGGAUUAUAGAAGAUCCUCCACAUAAACGCAAAAAGGAUUCUUCGUCCACAGAGGACGGUUCUAACUCUCCGUCUGCUGAUGACGAUGAUGCUGAUGAUGAAGAUGAACAUUAUUCAAAAACCAAGAGGAACAAACUGGAGGAACCUGCGGAUGGUAAUGAGGACCUGAGAGAGAGGGCAGGCGCAGAGACAUGUGACUCCCCCCCCCAUCGGACUGUUCUACCCUUAGGGCUCCGCAUCACACACUUCAGGGACAUGCUCCUUGAAAGAGGGGUUUCAGCGUUUUCCACAUGGGAGAAAGAACUGCACAAGAUCGUGUUUGAUCCACGGUAUCUUCUGCUAAACUCCGCAGAGGAGAGGAAACAGGUGUUUGAGCAGUUUGUCAAAGUGAGGAUGAAGGAAGAACACAAGGAGAAACAGAGCAAACUGCUGCAAGCAAAAGACCAGUAUAGAAAACUUCUAGAGGAGUCAAAAAUCACAUCCAGGUCAACUUUCAAAGACUUUUCUGUUAAGUACGGCCGUGACCAGCGCUUCAAGCAAGUGCUGAAGAAGAAAGACCAAGAGCACUUCUUCAACCAAUUCAUUAAUGGGUUAAAGAAGAGAGAUAAAGAGAACCGCAUGAGGCUGAGGAAGAUGAGAUGA